AUGGAAGUGUUUGUGGACGAUGAGACCAAGCUGACACUUCAUGGCUUACAGCAGUAUUACUGCAAGUUGAAGGACAGUGAGAAGAAUCGAAAGCUCUUUGAACUUCUCGAUGUGCUCGAGUUCAACCAGGUGGUGAUCUUUGUGAAGUCUGUGAAUCGCUGCAUGGCUCUGUCCCAGCUGCUUGUGGAGCAGAACUUCCCUGCUAUUGCAAUCCACAGGAGCAUGGCACAGAAGGAGAGGUUAUCCCGGUACCAGCAGUUUAAAGACUUCCAAAGGCGGAUUCUGGUGGCAACCAACCUGUUCGGCCGAGGCAUGGACAUCGAACGAGUCAACAUCGUGUUCAACUACGACAUGCCGGAGGAUUCGGACACGUACCUUCACAGAGUGGCCCGUGCCGGCAGGUUUGGAACCAAAGGUCUGGCCAUCACUUUUGUAUCAGACGAGGCCGAUGCCAAGACCCUGAACGAAGUCCAAGAUCGCUUCGAGGUCAAUGUAGCCGAGCUCCCUGAUGAGAUCGACAUCUCUUCUUACACCUUGAGUUUUUGA